UGCAGGACGGGCUUAUUGACAAACGUUCAUCUGAGGAAUAAACUGGAUUAAAAAUAUUACGCGUAAAUUGCACUGUUUGCUGUCACAAACGAUGGGAAUUCAGACUGUAAUGUUUUCGGCACUUUUCCUUGCUUGGCUUGCUCUCGCAAACGGAUCUCCAGCAUCAAUGGAUGUGGUCAGACUUACCAAAGCAACAAAUGUUUCAUGGACAUCUUACAAUUUCAAAACAAUCCUGUCUUGGGGACCCAAACCUGUCAACCACACAUAUACAGUUGAAUUCUCAAGAACUAAUCGUGACAAACAGAGAAACCCUCACUGCAUUAGAAGCACAGAGACCGAGUGCGACCUGACCAAUGAUUUGGAUGUAAAUGAGGUUUAUUCGGCCGAGGUGCUCUCAGAGCCCUUGCGCGGGAUGAAUAUUGACCACAUGGAGCCUCCAUACAGCAGAUCAAAGACCUUCCGUCCUUAUGAUGACACUUUAAUAGGAAGACCUCAGUUCAAGUUGACGGUGAGCGUGGACAAGAAGCUUGUGCUGACCAUCCAAGACCCCAUCACUGCUCUGCACAAAGACGGCAGAUCUCUGAACAUUCGUGACGUUUUUAAGAAAAAUCUUAAGUACAAGAUUGCCUACAGCAAAGCUGGAAGCACAGGAAAGUAAAAAAUCAAAGUGGUUGAGGAGAGCCGAGCAGAGUUUAACAGGCUGGAUGAGGAUCAGAGUUACUGCUUCAGUGUGGCGGCUUACGUUCCCAACCGGAAAGGAGACAACAGGCUCGGAGAGUGGAGCCUUCCCAAAUGUUCACCACAGGAAAGCAAAAGCCUGUUUGAGGAGUACGGACUGGCUGUGAUUGGAGGAGCAGCGCUCGCCACCCUGGUUUUUGUGAUUGCUGUAAUCGUUCUGAUUGUGGUGUGCUGUAAACGAGCACAAAGACAAACACCCACAGCCAAGGAAACCAUAGUCUGAGCUCAGAGAUGGAGGAAUGCCUGCUGGUGGAGUGGAGAACGGGACGCACAGCUGGACUGUGAACGAGACCUAAUCCAGUGCUGUACUGCAGCUGACCUGGUUUCUGUGAAACACUAACACUACAUGAUAUGUUAUACAUAUCGGCCUAUACUUUAUUAUUAUUUUUUUAUGAGUGAACAGAACAGCGUAUUUAAUAAACAGACUUAUUUAUUACAUUCUGUGGAAAUAUAUAGAUGGAUGCGGCUUUUGUGUUUGUAUAAAUAGUUUUAUAUCGAGAGACAGAGAUUUAUGAAAUGUAGAUUUUUUUUUUUAAUGUAAAAAUCAUACUUUUUGGAGCUU